GCAGUGGACUCUGGUGGAGGUCGGGAGAACUGCAGGGCGAAGGCCGCCGGGGGCUCCGCGGGCAGCGGGGGGAGGCACUUGACACCGGCCGGGGGAGAGGAGGGACUGCUGUCCCUGCGGCCAGUGCUGGAUGCGGGAACCCAGCGCAGAGGCAGCGCCAGGUGGAGCCAUCAGAAGACCAAAUCUACGGGCAGACGGAGGCAGCUUUUCACCAGAGGAUUCGGCACCAGAGGGCUUGGCGCUGGCACCUAUGUUUGAGUGCUAACAGUUGCUUUAAAAAACCACAAUAAUUCCUUCCCCAAAGCCAAGCAGUCCCCCAGCCCCACGCAGCCCCAGCCUGCCUCCCACCGCCCAGCUGCCCGCAAUGCCCUCCAGCGGCCCCGGGGACACCAGCAGCUCCGCUCCAGAGCGGGAGGAGGACCGCAAGGAGGGAGAGGAGCCGGAGGAACCUCGUGGCAAGGAGGAGCGGCAGGAGUCCGGCACGACCACACGGAAGGUGGGAAGGCCUGGGAGGAAGCGCAAGCACCCCCCGGUGGAAAGCAGUGACACACCGAAGGAUACUGCAGUAACCUCUAAGACCCCGUCCAUGGCCCAGGACUCGGGCCCCUCAGAGCUGUUACCCAAUGGGGACUUGGAGAAACGGAGUGAGCCCCAGCCAGAGGAGGGGACCCCUGCCGGGGGUCAGAAGGGCGGGGCCCCAGCAGAGGGAGAAGGUACAGCAGAGACUCCACCUGAAGCUUCCCGAGCAGUGGAGAAUGGCUGCUGCACCCCCAAGGAUGGCCGAGGAGCCCCUGCAGAGGAGGGCAAAGAACAGAAGGAGACCAACAUCGAAUCCAUGAAAAUGGAGGGCUCCCGGGGCCGGCUGCGGGGUGGCUUGGGCUGGGAAUCCAGCCUCCGCCAGCGGCCCAUGCCGCGGCUCACCUUCCAGGCGGGGGACCCUUACUACAUCAGCAAGCGCAAACGGGACGAGUGGCUGGCACGCUGGAAAAGGGAGGCCGAGAAGAAAGCCAAGGUAAUCGCAGUAAUGAAUGCUGUGGAAGAAAACCAGGGUUCCGGGGAAUCGCAGAAGGUGGAGGAGGCCAGCCCCCCUGCUAUGCAACAGCCCACUGAUCCUGCAUCCCCUACUGUGGCCACCACGCCUGAGCCUGUGGGGGCUGAUGCUGGGGACAAGAAUGCCACCAAAGCAGCUGAUGAUGAACCGGAGUACGAGGACGGCCGGGGCUUUGGCAUUGGCGAGCUCGUGUGGGGAAAACUGCGGGGCUUCUCCUGGUGGCCAGGCCGCAUUGUGUCUUGGUGGAUGACGGGCCGGAGCCGAGCAGCUGAAGGCACCCGCUGGGUCAUGUGGUUUGGAGACGGCAAGUUCUCAGUGGUGUGUGUUGAGAAGCUGAUGCCGCUGAGCUCCUUUUGCAGUGCAUUCCACCAGGCCACCUACAACAAGCAGCCCAUGUACCGCAAAGCCAUCUACGAAGUCCUGCAGGUGGCCAGCAGCCGGGCAGGGAAGCUGUUCCCAGCAUGUCACGACAAUGACGAGAGCGACACUGCCAAGGCUGUGGAGGUGCAGAACAAACAAAUGAUUGAAUGGGCACUUGGGGGUUUCCAGCCCUCUGGCCCCAAAGGCCUGGAGCCACCAGAAGAGGAGAAGAAUCCCUACAAAGAAGUUUACACAGACAUGUGGGUUGAACCUGAGGCUGCCUAUGCACCACCUCCACCAGCCAAAAAGCCCCGAAAGAGCACAACUGAGAAGCCUAAGGUCAAGGAGAUCAUUGAUGAACGCACAAGAGAGCGGCUGGUGUAUGAGGUGCGGCAGAAGUGUCGGAAUAUUGAAGAUAUUUGCAUCUCUUGUGGAAGCCUCAAUGUCACUCUGGAACACCCUCUCUUCAUUGGAGGAAUGUGCCAAAAUUGCAAGAACUGCUUCCUGGAAUGUGCGUACCAGUAUGACGAUGACGGCUAUCAGUCCUACUGCACUAUCUGCUGCGGGGGGCGCGAGGUGCUCAUGUGUGGGAACAACAACUGCUGCAGGUGCUUUUGCGUGGAGUGUGUGGAUCUUUUGGUGGGGCCGGGGGCUGCCCAGGCGGCCAUUAAGGAAGACCCCUGGAACUGCUACAUGUGUGGGCACAAGGGCACCUAUGGGCUGCUGCGGCGGCGGGAUGACUGGCCCUCGCGGCUCCAGAUGUUCUUCGCCAAUAACCACGACCAGGAAUUUGACCCUCCGAAGGUUUACCCACCUGUCCCAGCUGAGAAGAGGAAGCCCAUCCGAGUGCUGUCCUUGUUUGAUGGAAUUGCUACAGGGCUUCUGGUGCUGAAGGACUUGGGCAUCCAGGUGGACCGCUACAUUGCCUCGGAGGUGUGUGAGGACUCCAUCACGGUGGGCAUGGUACGGCACCAGGGGAAGAUCAUGUACGUCGGCGAUGUCCGCAGCGUCACCCAGAAGCAUAUCCAGGAGUGGGGCCCAUUCGAUCUGGUGAUUGGGGGCAGUCCCUGCAAUGACCUCUCCAUCGUCAACCCUGCCCGCAAGGGACUCUACGAGGGCACUGGCCGGCUCUUCUUUGAGUUCUACCGCCUCCUGCAUGAUGCGCGGCCCAAGGAGGGAGAUGACCGCCCCUUCUUCUGGCUCUUUGAGAAUGUGGUGGCCAUGGGCGUUAGUGACAAGAGGGACAUCUCGCGAUUUCUCGAGUCCAACCCUGUGAUGAUUGAUGCCAAAGAAGUGUCAGCUGCACACAGGGCCCGCUAUUUCUGGGGUAAUCUUCCCGGUAUGAACAGGCCGUUGGCAUCCACUAUGAAUGAUAAGCUGGAGCUGCAGGAGUGUCUGGAGCAUGGCAGAAUAGCCAAGUUCAGCAAAGUAAGGACCAUUACUACUAGGUCAAACUCCAUAAAGCAGGGCAAAGACCAGCAUUUCCCCGUCUUCAUGAAUGAGAAAGAGGACAUCUUAUGGUGCACUGAAAUGGAAAGGGUGUUUGGCUUCCCUGUCCAUUAUACUGAUGUCUCCAACAUGAGCCGCUUGGCAAGGCAGAGACUGCUGGGCCGGUCGUGGAGCGUGCCAGUCAUCCGCCACCUCUUCGCUCCGCUGAAGGAGUAUUUUGCUUGUGUGUAAGGGACAUGAGGGCAAACUGAGGUAGUGACAAAAGCUAAACAACAACAACAACAAAAAAGACAUGAAAAACACAAAACACCAAGAACAUGAGGAUGGAGAGAAGUAUCAGCACCCAGAAGAGAAAAAGGAAUUUAAAACAAAACCACAGAUGCGGAAAUUACUGGAGGGCUUUGCCUUGCAAAGAGGGUUGGCCAUCAUCUCCUGAUUUUUCAAUGUUAAACUUCAGUCCUAUUUAAAAACAAAAACCAAGUCCCUUCCCCUCCCCCCUUUAAUUUCUGGUCAAACCUUUUGUUUUCUAUUCUUUCCAGAGGGGUUUUCUGUUUGUUUGGGUUUUUGUUUCUUGCUGUGACUGAAAUGAGGGUUUAUUGCAGCAAAAAUCAGUAACAAAAAAUAGUAACAAUACCUUGCAGAGGAAAGAUGGGAGAGAGGAAAAAAGGAAAUUCUAUAGAAAUCUAUAUAUUGUUUCCCCCCCACCCCCCGGUAUAUCUUUUUUUCUUUUUUGUUGUCUCUAGCCUAAUCAGAUAGGAGCACAAGCAGGGGACAGAUAAUAGAGAGAGACUCGGGCGGCACAAUUCCCUCCUGGCCCCUGAGCCAUCUUGCCAGCACCAUUCCUGGUCAUGCAAAACAGAACCCAGCUAGCAGCAGGGAAGACAAGACACCCACACAGACACUUUUCUACAGUAUUUCAGGUGCCUACCACACAGGAAACCUUGAAGAAAAUCAGUUUCUAGAAGCCGCUGUUACCUCUUGUUUACAGUUUAUAUAUAUAUGAUAGAUAUGAGAUAUAUACAUAUAUAAAAGGUACUGUUAACUACUGUAAAACCCGACUUCAUAAUGGUGCUUUAAAACAGCGAGAUGAGUAAAAACAUCAGCUUCCACGUUGCCUUAUGCGCAAAGGGUUUUAACCAAGGAUGGAGAAAGGGACAAAGCUGGAAGAUGAGUAACAAUCAUUAUGGGGUUUCCCCCUUUGGUUUCCAAAAAAGUGAAGGAGGAGAAACUGGGAACCAUGUUCCCAUUUCUCGCUGCCAAAAGGGGGUGAGGUGAGGUGUGGCUGGGACCGUGGGAAGCUGAGAGUGGAAUUCAUCCAGACUCACGCAAUAACCUUUCGAUUUUUGUUCUAAAAGGAGACUCCCUUGGGAAAAUGACAGGGGAGGGGUCUUCAGUCUCAGUUUCUCACUUUAGCUGAUGCGAGGGCUCCUUGUGGUGGGAUCAGAAACCAUCCAGAGUGUGGGAAAGUGACAGUUAAAACCCCGCCUGGAGCAAAUAAAAAAACAUACAAAACGUACUGGUGCUUUCCUGU